GUGCUGUAGCUUUGAUAGAAAGGGUUGCAGGCAGCCUGCCAGUCAGUCCGCAGCAUACCGAAGGAACCAUGGGUGUGUAAGGGCUUCAACGGGCCAAAGGGGAAGGAGCAAGAAAUACACUUUGAACUAAAAGUUGCUCCAAAAGCUCUGUCAGCAUACAGGGAAUUAAAGGAAACCUAUCAACAGCUGACAUGAGGUUGGCCAGUGUUGGGGUCCGGGCCCGGAGGGCUGCAGAACCGUCCGAACCCGAGCCAGAGGAAGCAACGGAGCCAGUUCACCAUGAGCACUCGCAUACAGAACACCACGAGCACUCGCAUACAGAACACCACGAGCACUCGCAUACAGAACAUCACCCCGGCCAUGACUAUAACCACAUGAAGGACAAGUUCAUGAAUGAACUUGGUCAUCUGCCAAUUCCUGUGUGGGCAGUAGCAGCCAUUGUUUUGGUGGUUCUGGUUUUGGUGGCAUGCCUCAUCUUCUGUCUUUUCAAGAAAUGCUGCGGGAAAAAGAAAAAGCCAAAGAAAGUGAGGGAGAGGAAGACGGGUCGCCGCAAAAAGGAAAAGGAAGGUGAAGGAGAGGCUGGAGAGAAGGAUGGGGAGGUGAAGAAGGAAGGAGAGGAAGAGGAGAAAGAACAGGAAAAGUUGGGUAAACUGGAGUUCUCGUUGGACUACAACUUCACAGAUGCCCAGCUUAUAGUGGGCAUCCUUCAGGCUCAGGACCUUGCUGCUAUGGACAUGGGGGGGACCUCGGACCCUUAUGUUAAAGUCUUUUUGUUGCCAGACAAAAAGAAGAAGUACGAGACCAAAGUUCAACGCAAGAAUUUAUGCCCCGUUUUCAACGAGACUUUUAUCUUCAAGAUCCCGUAUGCAGAGUUGGGCGGAAAGACUUUGGUGCUGCAGGUUUUUGACUUUGAUCGUUUCUCCAAGCAUGAUAUGAUCGGUGAGAUAAAGAUUCCCAUGAACAGCGUUGAUUUGGGCCAGCCAUUGCAACAGUGGAGAGACGUGGAGAGUGGUGAGAAGGAAGAGCAAGAAAAAUUGGGUGAUAUUUGCGUUUCUUUACGGUAUGUACCCACUGCUGGAAAACUGACAGUGAACAUCAUGGAGGCAAAGAAUCUGAAGAAAAUGGAUGUUGGUGGCUUAUCAGAUCCGUAUGUGAAGAUUGUUCUGCAGCAAAAUGGUAAACGGAUUAAGAAGAAAAAGACGACAGUCAAGAAAAACACGCUCAAUCCUUACUUUAAUGAGAGUUUCAGCUUUGAUGUCCCCUUUGAGCAGAUACAGAAAGUGCAGGUCGUCCUCACAGUGUUUGACUAUGAUAAACUUGGGAGCAAUGACCCCAUUGGAAAAACCUUUAUGGGUUAUGGAGCUACAGGAGUUGGCCUGCGCCACUGGUCAGAAAUGCUUGCCAAUCCCAGACGUCCAGUAGCCCAGUGGCACACUCUCCUGCCAGAAGAAGAAGUCGAUGCAGCAGUCAAAGCAAAACCUCGUUAGAGUCACACCUUGUUUUAGUUUGACAUACUGCUGAUAUCUUAUACGAUACUUAUUGUUAAUCCUGAUGUUUGGUCAUUUUGCAUAUUCUGUUUUCCAUUUUGUAUCUUUUAAGGUACUUUAGUAAGUCUAGUGUGUGUGUUCAAUUUGUGUUAUAUUUGUUUACUUGGAACACUUGGAAAUCACUUAUCUGUAAAUGUGCGUCUUUUGUGUAUGCUAGUUUAGUAAAAUUUGAAUGCAUAAAGAGAGGAUUUCAGAGUUACACUGUUCUGAAAAGGUACUCUGGAGACAUGGUGGUAGAGCUUCUACUUCUCAUGGCAUGUACACUGGGCCUUUUUGCUCUUUUUGUUGUCAUGUGGUGCAACAGAUUCCUGAAAACUGCUUGUUUUAAUGCUCUGGAUUUUUUCGAAUGACAAUAAACCCACAAUGGUUUCACAUCAA